AUGCGACUAUCCACGGUGAUACUCCUUAUAAUCAAGAAUAUAACCGGAAUUUUGACACUUUUCAGUCCUAAUUGCGUGUUACCACCAAUGAAGUGUCCAAACGAUAAUAUUACCUUUUGGUUAUACACAAGAGAAAACAGGAAUAGUCCCGUGGAAUUAAAAGCUAUGGAACCUGAAUCGAUAAAGACAGCGCCGUGGGUGAAGGACGCCCAAAUUAAAAUUCUAAUACACGGCUACACAGGACAUAAAAAUUUUUCACCAAAUACGGAAAUAAGACCAGCAUACUUAGAGUGUUGUAAUUACAACAUAAUAACCGUUGAUUACAAUAAAAUAGCAUUAGAACCUUGUUACAUGGAGGCUGCUAGGAAUACAGAACUAGUCGGAAUGUGUACUGCCCAGUUAAUUGACGAGAUGGUCUCCAAGCAUGGAUUUAGACUAACUGAUUUUCAUAUCAUAGGCUUCAGUCUUGGCGGACAAAUUGCCGGUUUUAUAGCAAAUUACCUCAAAGCGGGAAAAUUAUCGAGAAUAUCUGCCUUGGAUCCCGCUAUGCCCUUGUUUGCGACGAUGGAUAACAGAAAAAAAAUUGACAGCGGUGAUGCGGAUUUUGUAGACGUACUACAUACUAACGCUUUAGGUAAAGGGAAAUUGGAAACUUGUGGUCAUGCAGACUUUUUCGCUAACAGUGGUUACUCUCAACCUGGUUGUACGAGGACAGAAAAUCAAACGUUCAACACGCAAGAACAAAAUUUAGUAAAGGAUGAGCAACGAAAGAAACCUCAAUCUGUAAGAGAUCUAUUGAAGACGGGUUCCUGCAUACCAGCCCCAUACAGAUGUCCACAUCCUAAAAUGCAAUAUUAUUUAUAUACAAGAACGACUCAAGAGAAGGGAGAAUUAUUAAACACACUCGACAAUGACUCUUUAACACGCUCGAGAUUCAAUACAAAACACCCAACCAAGGUGGUGGUCCAUGGAUUUGGAGGCGGUAGAAAUCUGUCACCCAGUACGGAUAUGAGGAAUGCUUACUUUGCAAGAGGAAACUAUAACAUAAUAAUAGUGGAUUAUGGAUCCCUCGUGAAGGAACCUUGUCUCAGUCAGAUAGAAUGGGCCCCUCGGUUUGCAGCCAUGUGUAUUAGUCAGUUAGUGGAGUAUCUUCAGUAUCACCCAAAGAAAGCUGUGCCUCCAGAAAAGAUACACACGAUCGGCUACAGCGUUGGAGCUCAUAUCCUCGGCCUUGUUGCCAACCAUUUAUCCGAAGGGAAACUCGGCAGAAUUACUGGUCUUGAUCCAACCAUUUUCUUCUACAUGGGAAACAAUAGGUCCCGUGACCUUGACUACACGGAUGCCCAUUUCGUAGAUAUAUUACACACAGGAGCAGGUAUACUCGGUCAGUGGGGCCCAAAUGGUCAUGCAGAUUUUUACGUCAAUGGAGGUUCAAGUCAACCAGGAUGCGCCCAUGACACUAUUUUUCAAACUUUGUCCUGUGAUCACACGAAAGUAACGCCAUACUUCAUAGAAUCGAUUACUAGUCCGGUUGGUUUUUGGGCUGGGCCUUGUCCGAACUUAUUUUCGUAUCUGAUUGGAUGGUGUGAGCCAAAAGACACUGAAUAUGUUCUCAUGGGUGAACAUGUCACACAUAAAGCUCGAGGAGUUUACUAUGUGACCACAAACGCUAACCCUCCUUACGCUAGAGGUUUCCCUGGAAAGAACAGGAAAUUGAGAUCCAUCUCACCUUAUAGUUGA